AUGCUGGCAGUCGUCGCCACGCCUUGCACACCUCUCGACGCCAGCGCCUUAGCGAUCCAGAACAUCCUCACGACAUGGGAAGAAGCACGAGACAAUUGCACUGCAUCUGACAAGGAAUUGAUAUGGAUGGACUCCGAAACUUGGACGGCUCUCCGCCGACUUCUGCAGAGCAAUGGCAGCUUCGGCCCUGCUGGCACCUACUUCAUCGGCAACAAUCUGGUCGACGAUCCAGCAACACAGUCGACCCGAAGGGAUCAGUGGUGGUCAGACGCAAAUGUUCCUCCUCGCUGGUGGGACCUCGGACGGCCCGGCUCCGAGCCUUGCGCUGUUCUGGCCGAAAAGGGAUCUGGAUUGGUCCUUAAGGACGUUCCCUGCCAGGAACCUCACGGGUUCAUCUGUGCGCCGAAGCGAGUCCUGAAUCCGGGAAACUUGGAAGCGCUGACGGACGAGAUGCGAGACUACACAACUGCACUCAUCGAAUGCCGACAUCAUGGGAAGGACUUGUUGAAGAUCACUUCCCAGGAUGAUCUGCAGGUUGCGAAGCAGUUCAUGAAGGAUAACAGACUGUCAGGGAGAUUCUUCAUCAAAAACACCAUCCCUUUGACUGUGGUCUCCACGAUAGGCCUAACACCUGAAGAGAAUAAAGCAUAUGUGACUUCCCAACAGGGCCAGCAUGUCCGAAAACCUACCCCAUACGAGUUGGAGCGACCUCCAGUUUCGACCUCUGGCAAGGCGUGGAAGACUUCGCACCUGACGGCUCCACCGUCACUUUCUCUUGCCCCAUAUUCUAUCGAUUCCAAGACGGAAGCCGGGAGGUCGUCAUCACGUGCACGAAUGGCACCUGGAUCCCGACUGACAGCAACUCCAACCAAGUUCUUGACGAACGCGGGUGAUCAAACUGUGAAUAUCCUCGACAAUCCAAACCCAAUCACGAUACAAGGGGUGAAACCUUUUUAUCGAAUACUCUUCGAUGAACCCAAGAUCAUCACCGUUGUCGAUAUCCUUCAAGUGAACACUGCCGACUGCUUCAACUUCAGCAACAUUGAAGUCCGGGUUGGAGACAUAGAUGUAUCUGCAUACGGGGAUUUUUCUCAAAACCCCCUUUGUGCUUACUUCAAGGGAUACGAUUCCGAUAAGGCCUGCCGAUCGGUCAGGGAGAAGAUCCGUUGUUCUCGACCGCUGACGGGGAAGAUUUUAUCGAUUCAGAAAGUUCCGACCGUUGCUGGGUUCAGCAGCAACGGAGGCCCGGUGGACUCCUCAAUCGCCACGGCAAGUGCAGCUGGCACUGGGACGAAUGGGAAGAGAAAGCGCAGGCAGGCACCUCCAAGUGGAGGUUUAAGUGGAACUGUUCCGAACCCAAAUCGAAUCUUCGCCAAUGGAAGUAAACAAGUAGGAAGCUGGAGCGAUGCAAGCACAGACUGCACCAACAGAGGAGGGGGAUUGCUGGAAAUCUCGGCCGCAAGCGACCUCGACAUCCUAACUUACUUCCUCACGACCAACGUGUCCAUCGCUGCAGGAAGCACCUUCUACUUGAAAAAUAACAUCAUGGGGAUUCCGAGGACGGACAACUGGAAUCAAAAUUGCCAUAUCCCUCCAACGCACAAAGAUGCAUUUGUCAAGGACAACAGAAGCGGGAAUGUAUAUCUGUUGGACACUUCAAUCGGCUAUGCAUGUCCCUGUCCGAAAGUAUGGGAACGCUCUGGAAAGGUCAUCCUGGAGUCGAUAUGCAAAGGGGCGAUGGGGUGGUCUCUGAACGACGAGAUGCUGCGAAACCAAAGCUGCAAACCAGGAGGCGGGAGCGUCCAAGGAGUGGGAUAUCGCCUUUCGGCGGAGGGGGCGUCGCCUCUGGAGGCGGGUGACAGGUGCGGGGAGUUGUACGGGGGAGAGCUGGCCGAGUUGGACUCGGAGGAAAAACUCGCCUGGAUUCGAGAUUACCUCCAUGAUUUCCCCUGCAUUUCUACCCUGGCAGUCGCUCCGAGCGCCCUUACAAACUGGCGGAAGGUCCCGACGACCGUGGAUAAACACUAUGAUCCCUCUGGAAUCUGGAUCGCAAGAAACGGAUUCUCCCUCAAUUCCACGCUUUUCGACAAGAGGCUCAGUGAACCCGACAACCAUGAUGGAACAGGACAACAAUGUUUCCUUCUGAUGAGGGACGGCGGUUCGGAUAGGAAGUGCGACAUCAAGGGCCAGUUCUAUUUAUGCUCCUCGGAAAAUAAAGGAUUCCAUGUCGGAGACGGCGACACGUUGUUCUACCUGGAAGGAAAAACGGCAAUUGCCAACGUAACAGAUUUUUUUGAUGCCAUGGAAUUCUGCAAGACCAAACACUUAGGAUCCGAGUUGGGAGAAAUCACCUCCGUGAGGACUAUGCAAGAACUUUUCAGUUACAUGCAGCUGAAUUUCCCACAUGCCGAGACCGUGAUCGUUGCAACGAACGUGAGGCGGAAUAAACUUGCUGGGCUGGAUGAGGGCAACGAAACUAUUUGGAAAUUUUCGGAUGGAUCGGGCGUUCCGAGUCAACUCUUCGACUCCAAGUAUCCGAAAACGGGGAAAGGACCGUGUGCCAUUUUGAGUGUCGUCAACAAUGGCUUGUUCAUGAGAAACCACGAGUGCUCCUUCGAAGGGAUUAAGAAUGGCUAUAUUUUGUGCCAGGAGGACAAGGAGACAAAGUGCGGUGAGGGUCCGCCGCGGGUCUCGGGUGCAUCGCUGGCUUCCUCCCCGACGACUCCGGCACCUUAUCUUCAAGGGACGGAGGCCGAAUACAAAUGCGACUGUGGGAAAAGUCUGAAGGACAAUAUGCAUGAAGUGCGCCUGACGACGAAGUGCAUGGGACAACUAGACUGGAUGCCCUUUCCUGAAUGCGUCGAGCAUUGUCCAUCGGAUCCACCUGAAAUCCCAAAGUCCGAAUUCAUUAUCGGGAGGUACUUCACACCAGCAACCCAGACAACUGCACCAUAUCCGUAUGACACGAAGGUGACCUACGCCUGCCCGUGUGGUUUUCGAUGGAAGGAGGCGAGCGUGGACGGGAUCACUGUGAACAGCGUCGCCUCGAGGACUGUCGACAUUCACUGCAGGGGGAUAAUCGGCUUCAAGUAUCCAUUCUCCGUCACAGAAUGUAUCCCUGAUCCCGAGAUAUCCAACCCAUGCGUCCCAAACGAAUGUGUUCGAGAUCCCCCGUUCGUCAAGGAAGCGAAUCGUACUUGGAAUGGGAAGUACGAUAUAGGGACCAUCGUCUCCUAUUAUUGUUACAAAUCUCGAUGGUUCGCCGAUACAAAAACCCAGACUCGUGAUAUAAAGUGCAAAAAUGAUGGGCUAUGGGAAGAUCUGCUUGACGCUAAAUGCGUUUUCUUCGAAUGUCCCAAUCCACCGCAGGAUCCUACCUCAACCGAUAUGAUGAGAUCCUGGAAAUCGACCGACAAAGCCAUAGGGAAAAACGCAUCCUACACUUGCAGAGAUGGAAUGAAAUUGAAUGCAAAUCAGACUGAUUUGGAUGUUCAAGGAAUACAAUACAGCAAGAAUGGGGGAUUCAUCACCGAGAUCAAACUUUCCUGCCUCUCAAAUGGGUCGUGGGAAUAUGCCAAUAUGGAAUGUGGGAUUAUUACUUGUCCCGGUGACCCACCCAGUGCACCUAAUCAAGGGACUAGGCAAUGGAAUGGCUCGGCCACUGUGGGGACACAGGCCACUUAUCGCUGUCCUCAGUCUGGAGAAAUUGAUUUGUCGGCGACGGCUUUGGAUGCCAAAAGAAUCGGGUACAUGACAGAACAGGGGAAAAUAUUGGAAGUCACGCUGGAGUGUACAACCAAUGGAACCUGGCAAUCAUUGACAAUGAGUUGCAAGGCCAGUAAGACAACUUCCACCAGUGGCACCCUAAAUGCAACUAAUCCAGAAACGAGCCAGCCUGAUGACCCCACGACCAGCAUCACUUCUAUCGAUGAGACUCCAAGCACAAGAAAUCCAGGAACUAGCCAGCCGGAUGAGCCCACGACCGAGGAGCCCAGCCUCCCUUUUCAGUGUCACCAGACCUCAGCAACAUUGGUCUGCGGUGGUGCAGGAUUCCAUAUCGGAAACGGAACCACAUUGUACUACCUCGAAGGAGAAACGGAAAUCGCCAACGUGACUGAUUUUUUCGAUGCCAUGGAAUUCUGCAAGACCAAGCACGAAGGAUCCGAGAACUCCCCAGAAGCAGAGACGUUCCUCAUCGCAACGAACUUGAGAAACUAUGAAUGCUCAUUGGAAGAACUGAAUAAUGUCUACAUCUUGUGCCAGGAGCGCAAGGAGACCAAUUGGAAUGAGAAUCCGCCACAGGUCUCGGGUGCAUCGUUGACUUCCUCCCCAAUGACUCCUCCACCUUACCAUCGAAGAGCAGAAGUCAAAUACAAAUACGAUUGCAAAAGAAGUUUGAAGAAGAACAUGCACGAAAUGCGCCUGACGACGAAGUGCAUGGGACUACGAGACUGGAUGUCCUUUCCUUCCUCCGUCGAGAUCGACCAGACCCUGUAUGAUGACACUGUUUCCAUGCCACUCGAGAACCUGUCGACGUGGCGACUUGGGGGAAGCGCUCUUGGGUAUAAAUUGUGCGUCCAGCGCCAGGUUCCCCACCAGAACGGCUCUGUCGACAGUGAACUAUAUGACUCCAAGCAUGGAAGCAUCCACCUUCUCCGUCUUCCUUCUCUUCGUCAUAUUCUCCACUUGUACUCAGGUCCAAUCAUAUUGUCUUUGUUCCAUGGAGGAAUUGAAUUUUCUAUUUGCGGACAAUCUCAAACGUCAACGGGAAAGAGGUCUGAUGACAUCCCGACGGAUGUGAGCCAAUUGGACUUCGACCGAAUCAUCGCUUACCCAAACAUCCGUCUCAUAUGUCUCGCCUCUGCCAACCCAAGUGCCAAUUCCGUGGUAACAAUCGCGGGAUGGGGCCGCACUUCGGGAACUAGCAAUGCCCUCCCGACGCCUUUGAUGGAAACGACAGUGAACGUAUUGAGUCUUCCGGCAUGUCAGAGCAUUUGGGGUACUGGCAUCAACAGCAACUACGUAUGUGUUCAAGCCACUGGGAAAAAUAUAUGCAACGGUGAUUCUGGCGGAUCGCUCAUGUACUAAAACUUCUCGAGGGUAUUACCAGAGUGCCGGGGUUGCUUCGUUCGUUCGGGAUAGCCUUUGUUCACCUCAAUAUGGCGGUGUUUUCACGAGCACAGCCAGUUACCUGAACAGCUUCAUCCUUCCCAACACUCGUGACGCGCAAUGGUGUGCAACACCUUGAAUUUGUCCAUGGUCUCCUGUUUUUCGGCUGUAUGUUCCAUACUUGAAAUAUACAGUUUGGCAUCAUGGCACG